ACCGGCUGCGGGCGGCGCCGCCGCCCCUCAGCAGCGCCUCCUCCGCACCCAGGGGCUCGCCGCCGCCGCUCCGCAGCUUUCCGCAGCCCAGCCGGGGUCGGCGGGAGCUGGAGCCCCCUCACGGUCCCGCUCCCGCUCCCUCCCCUCGGCGGCGCGGUCGCGGUGCAGCGCGGCGGGGAGCCCCGCCGGCCAUGGAGCUCUGCCUGCGGCUGCUGCUGGCCUCCUGCCUCUCCCUGGGGGCUGCUGGGGAGUUUGACAGAAGGUGGCCCAGACAAAUAGUCUCUUCCACAGGACUGUGCCGGUUUGGAAGUAGAAUUGACUGCUGCUGGGGCUGGGCCCGUUUGGCUUGGGGACAUUGCCAACCUAUAUGCCAGCCAGGGUGCAAACAUGGUGAAUGCGUUGGGCCAAACAAGUGCAAGUGCCACCCGGGAUACACUGGAAAAACCUGCAAUCAAGAUCUAAACGAGUGUGGACUGAAGCCCCGGCCAUGCAAACACCGGUGCAUGAAUACCUACGGCAGCUACAAGUGCUACUGCCUGAACGGCUACAUGCUGAUGCCGGACGGAACGUGCUCCAAUGCCCUUUCUUGCUCAAUGGCAAACUGUCAGUAUGGCUGUGAUGUGCUGAAAGGAGAAGUGCGCUGCCGCUGUCCUUCUCCAGGACUGCAGCUGGGGCCUGAUGGUAGAACCUGCAUAGAUAUUGAUGAAUGUGCUACUGGAAGAGUCAUCUGCCCACGAUUUAGGCACUGUGUCAAUACUUUUGGAAGCUACAUUUGCAGGUGUCAUAAAGGCUUUGAUCUAAUGUACAUCGGAGGCAAAUACCAAUGCCAUGAUAUAGAUGAAUGUUCCCUUGGCCAGCAUCAGUGUGGUAGUUUUUCACGGUGUUACAAUACACCAGGAUCGUACAAAUGCAAAUGUAAAGAAGGGUACAGAGACAACGGAACAAACUGCAUACAAAGGCCAGUGACCAGACCAACAACUCGACCAACAGCCGGGCCAACAACUCAACCAACAGCUGGGCCAACAACUCGACCCACGCCAAGGCCAACAACUCGACCCACGCCAAAGCCAACCACGAGGUACGUGCUUGUGACGACAAGGCCGGUAACAAAACCAGUGACGAGGCCUCCACCUCCAACACCACCUCAGCCUACAAUGUUAAGACCCACGCUACCACCACAAAGAACUCCUGUGAUAACAACCCAAUAUCCUUCACAUAUUCCCAUUGAAACAACAUCUUCCCAAGGAGUUACAGAUGACAACAGAAUCCAGAUAGAUCCUCAGAAACCCCGAGGAGAUGUGUUCAUUCCACGCCAGCCUGGAGUGAGCAAUAAUCUGUUUGAAAUACUUGAAAUUGAAAGAGGGAUUACCGCUGAUGAAUUCGAAGCCAACGAUGACCCAGGUGUGCUGGUACACAGCUGUAAUUUUGAUAGCGGCCUGUGUGGAUGGAUCAAGGACAAAGAUGAUGAUUUGCACUGGGAACCCAUUAGAGAUGCAUCAGGGGGACAGUACCUCACCAUCUCUGAAGCCGAAGGCAAAGAGGGAAAAGCAGCGCAUCUUAUCCUGCUGCUGGGCCACGUGGCUCAGGCUGGGGACUUAUGCCUGUCGUUUCGGCACAAGGUGCCCGGCCUGCAUUCUGGUGCCCUCCAAGUCUUUGUGAGGAGAAACGGUGCUCACGGCCCAGCUGUCUGGGGAAGAAACGGUGGCCAUGGCUGGAGGCAGACACACAUAACUUUGCGAGGACUGGGCACCAAGAGUGUUAUUUUCAGAGGGGAGAAGGGGAAAGGAAGAACUGGGGACAUUGGACUCGAUGAUGUGAUCUUGAGGCGAGGACGCUGCUCUCAAGAACAUUAGCAAAGACGGGGGACUAGCACAGUCAUCUCCUCUAGCCCUUCUUGUACUAUUCCUAUUGAGUUUUGAAACAGAGCUGCAAGAAAAAGAAGAACCAGCUGGAGAGUGACAACUUCUUAGUGGUCUGCUAAGUGCAAUCUCACUGAAACUUCCCUUAAAAACACGAAGAGCACCUCCCGGGAUUCAGGAGCUCCAAACCCAAUUGCUGGUUGCUUCUAUUAAGCCUUACCCCUAAAUCAUAUUUUGUAUGUAAUAACUUUAUCCUCUCUUAAGCCUAAUGAGCGCUCACACAAAGAGCACUUGUGAAAACGGGAGAAAUAAUUACAAAUGGCGUGAAAAGAAAUCUCCGGCUCAGAAAGUUAACAGAUACUCAUUAUUUUCCCAUAGUGCUACUCUUCUAUUAAUUAGAGUUGACAGACAGUGGGAUUGAGCUAGCUGCAGAGCCAGCUCAGCCUGGCUGAAGCCUGGACCUGACCUUUGGCGUGCUGCCAUUGACCUUCGAGGAGGGGUUGUUUCAUAUUAAAUAGCAUUUACGUGGGUGUUGCAUCUGUAUUAAAAAGCAGUUACAUAGAGUAGGCACUGCAUCCUGUAAUAUUGCUACUGCUGUGUUUUGUGUAUAUGUGUAUGGUUAUGAACAUAUUUAUGUUUUGAAUACUUACAGACUCUAGUUGCAAGGUAAUUGGCAGCUGUGCUUUCCUAUUACACGAGACAGGAGUUCAGCACAUGGUGUGAUCCUACUGGGCCUGCCAACAGAUAUGUUACCAAAGUCAGUUAAUGGUGCUCAUUGAGAAAUGCUGGUACAGUUCUUUGUGUUGUAAUACGGUGAAGGCAAAAGACCAAAUCCUUACCUGACGUAAACUGGCAUCUGAUCAUGCUGUCCAGGUUUGCUUUUAGCUCAGGAGCAAGCCCUAACGGGCUCUCAGUCCUGCAAGAAACUCCUGGUUGAGCUGAAGAUUGCGCAGCCGGGAGAAGGUAACUUGCACCUUGUGUGACUGAGCCCUCUGCAGUGCUGAGGGCCCUUCCCUUCCCAAACCUGGCACAAGCCCAUGCCUAAACAAAAAAAGGGCAGCUGCCUUAUGGCCGUGCAAACAAUUCAGACCGUGAAAUGCCUUGAGCCACCCUUGUCAAAUGUCCAUAUUCCAUCCAACUGUUCUGUAUAUAAUAAGCAUUUUACUGUUUAGAACUAGACCAAAUAAUAGCUCUAGCUGGCACUAAAUGUUUAUCAGAACUUUGGACUAAUUUUUUACUUACAUAUCAUGCAUGUGGUCUGCAGUUUCCCAGGGAAUUGUUCGAUUUCGUUUGUGAUUUUUGGAUAAGGAACAUCAUCAUCAUUGCUGUUAACAAGUCUAAAUUUGACAAAGUAAUAGUAACAUUUCAGAAAAUGACAAAAGACAGAGAAAGUGUUGUUAGUGGCACAGUCUUAAAGCUUCAAAAAUGUAUACAUAGAAGAAAUAGGUAUUGGAUCUUUUAAAUACUUGCAUAAAAUGUAAAACAAAUGUCAGCUUCAUAUCAUCAGGAUAUCACAUCAAGAAGAGGUUCUUCACCGAGAGGGGUGGUUGCACACUGGAACAGGCUCCCCAGUGAAGUAGUCACUGCACCAAGCCUGUCUGAAUUUAAGAAGAGAUUGGACUGUGCACUUAGUCACAUGGUCUGAACUUUUGGGCAGACCUGUGCGGUGCCAGGAGUUGGACCUGAUGAUCCUUAUGGGUCCCUUCCAACUCGGGAUAUUCUAUGAUUCUAUGAUUCUAUAUCAUUCUAUAAAAAAUACCAUUAAAAAGAAAUAAAUUAAACCUUGCAGACAGUCCACAGAGAUGAGAGGCCAUGUUCUGAGUGCCUGGUUCUGACAAAAUACCUUUCUGAGGAUACUUUUUCAAUUUGUCCCCUAGCACUGUAUGUAUAAGAGAAGUUUAUUUCACCAAACAGAUACUGCAAAAGUGUGUCAGCAAAAAUCUUGAAAUGGAAAAACAAUGCAUUUGUAAAAAGUCUUUAAACUAUUUUGCUUCAGAUAUGAUCAUGAUCUUUUUUCUCUUAUGUUACUUUGCAAUAUGUCAGAAAUAUUUGUGAAUAGUUGAAAUGCCUUGUCUUUAUUUUAAAGUAAUCAGUAAAGAAGGCUGUUAC